AUGGUAGGUGGGCAGAUAGACAUGGCUGUCGAAGAGAUCCGAGUGGUAGUAGAUGACCUUCUACAUUGCCCUUCGGGAUGCAGUAACUGUUCCGUCAGGACGACCAAGGGAAGACAUCUUGGUCUUAUAAUUGACGAAGAUCCGGCGGGCCUUGCGAAUGCUCUUCUCAGCAUCCGCGGCUUAAGUCAAAACUGCUGCUCUUCUCUCUCAGAUCUUGCUUUAUCGCUUCUCUGCAUAGCUUCACAAGUUCGGACGCUUGUUGAUGAUUGCCUGUAG